CGUAUUCUGUCAAGGAAUGGAUGUUUUCAAUUGCGGUGAUAGUGUGAUACCAGUGUGAUUUAGUAAUUUGAGAGCAACUCGGAAGUUGUAAAAUAACCCGGGAAAGCAUCCAGAAAUGGACGGUGUCGUAAUAAAAACGGAAGAAGAAAGCGACGAUUCCCAGCCGGAUUUUCUGAAUGGCGUGCCAACUUCAAACCUGGACUCGAGCAGGUCCGAAAAAUCCACGGACCUCAUCAAUUUUUCCACCUUACUACAAGUCAAGAUUGAAGAAGUACCCGAAAGGGAUCCUCUCGAAUUGCGAAGUGACCAGAACCCCACUGUUAUUGGCACCAAAGUCGUGCGCCUAUCCGUUCCACCUGUCGUCGAUGCACACCUGGGAACUGUUGAAAUGAGACCCCCGAUUCUAACGUAUUCUCGGAAGAGGAAUUCGAAGAAUUCUCAUCUGGCCGAUCAAUCGCAUCCUGAAUUUGCGUCCAAGCUUCAUGCUGCUGGGUUUGUUCCUUAUUCGAGGAAGAAGCCUCAUAUUGAAGCAGGUUACCCUGAAAUUGAGAAAAUCAGGACGGAUGAGCCAGCGUUUGUCAAUCGAGAUGAGUUGGAGCAAGUUGUGUUUGAGGCCUUGGCGAAUAGCAUCAAUCAACUACCUGUCAUCAGCGAACUGCAAUACGGAGACGAUUUGGAGAGGAGAUUGGACAUAGCGAAGGAGAAAUUGAGAAAAGCAACCAUUGCGAUUGAGCGUCUGCAAGAAGCAUUAUCGAGCACUCAAAAGGAUACGAGUACUGCAAAUUCUAGUCAGAUUUCUUCUGGUGUGCCAACUACUGCCGGAGUAACUUUAGGAGGGAACCAGGCUGCUGUACAUCGUGCCAUGGCUUUGAUGACAAAUCCGAAUUCUAAAGUGAAAAUCAUCACAGCGAAGUCUUUCAAGGCACCAGUUGGACGCGGAAAUGGCGAAUUGGCGGCUGUGGGCGUAGAUUCAUUGUCAGUUUUGGAAGAAACGAAGUCGAGUCGAGUCAUGAACCGUGUUUUGACUGCAUCAGAACUACCUUUUUUGUCGCAGGAACGAGAAACCUCAUCAGAUAUUGACUUGGUUGACGAUUUUACUGAUUCAAUCUCAUUAACAUCCCUGGAUGAGGAUCUGAAACCGCCAGAAAGAAUCUCUGGGGCCAUAAUCCCUGCCAGCUUCAGCAGAAGUACCGUGAUGAACGCCUUGGAAAAUAAGAAUGUCCCGAUAUCUCAAGCUGUAGGAGGAAUCAUGAUGACGAAAGUUCGCUCGAGGCUGACGAGUAUUCUAGCUGCGACCGGGAAAGUCGUCGGGUCUGCGGGAGAAUCAGCUCCAAUCGCAGACUUCACUUCUUUGGAUCUUUUCGACUCGGACCUGACGCCGGAAUCCGUUGUCGAGACAGAACUAGUCGAACCGAUCAUGGUCAGCUUCCCGAAGAUCGUCUCGGAGAAUUCCGCGCGGAGACGUCGACUCAUGGCCCAGUUGGAGGACAUUGAACGAAGACGUCGGCAGAGGGAACAGAAGCGGAAACAGAGAGCGAGGAAAAAGGCCCUGUUGGCGAGUUUGGAGGGGAAGAAUCAACAAGCUGCGGGCCGUGAGGAUGGUGAUGAAGCGAAACCCAAGAAGAGGGGUCGUAAAAAGAUGCAGUCUGGUGCGAGUCUGAGCAGUGACGGCUCUUCUUUGGGAAUCAGCUCUCCAGAAGUUCCGUUGCCAGAAGCUGCCAUCACUUCUGCCAAAAGGCAGCGUUUUCAAUCUUAA